UUGCUAAAUAUAAAGACAAGAGUCAUGAAUUCUCUAAGUUCAGCAGUAUCUGUGAUUCUUCUUGUGCUAAUGACAAAAGUCUGCAUAAUAAGGGGAUCGUGUUCGAACCGCCAAACAUCAGACUGCUGUAAUACUGGAUAUUUUUAUGACUUGGUGUCCAGGAAAUGUAUGAAUUGUCCAAACGGUUUCACUGGAGAAAAUUGUUCCUUUAAAUGUCGUUAUCCGAGUUAUGGAUACCGCUGUCAGUCUGCCUGCACCUGCUCAGAGGAAAACUGCGAUGCGUCGACAGGAUGUAUCUUGAAUACUCAAAGGAUUCCAAAGAAAAACGGCUUGAUUUUAAAUGCGCUCUCAACGACAGGCGGAUCCUUGGUGUAUGCAUCUGGUCAAGAAACGGUAUCGGUCUCAGUAUCAAAACAAAUAAAUCUAGACACAAAGAGAUCCCCGGAUGUGGUGGCAACACCUGUCCUGGUGACUACCGUUGUGGUACUUCUUGCCGUCUUAGCCGCCAUUGUCUCAAGAUACACUUGGAGGAAGUACGUUGCCAGGAGAGAAGCAGAGAACAGAGGAGAAAACCCUGUAAAAGACUUUGAAGAGUUUCUAAACAGAAAACCCAGUCACUCAGACGAGACGAACGAAAAUCUGUAUGACGAACUGGAUGAGAAAAAAAUGGAUGCUGCAAAGGAAAAGAAUGAGAAGGGACCUAAAACUCUGGACAAAACAUUGCAAAAUGACUACAUUGAUUCUCUGGCGUUAAAAAAGAGACAAUCUGAUCGGGAGUCCAAACACUUCUAUGAUCCUCUGAAAUAGACAGCAAAUCUACGGCGGAACUGAAUACUAGUACGCCUUUUUGAGGCAAUGUGCGUGUUUGAGAGAGAGAGAGAGAGAGAGAGAGAGAGAGAGAGAGAGAGAGAGAGAGAGAGAACAAGCGAUUAGCUAUAUCAUGCUGUUUCAAAUCAAAUAUUCAAUAUAUGUUUGUAUAUUCUAUCCAUUGACUAUUUACAAAAAGUAUCAUGUGUCACCCAAGGUCAAGAUCAAAUAAAUGCUGAACAAUCAGAAUUGGGUUGGGGGGGGGGGGGGUCCCGAUGUUUGAACUAUCCCCCCUUUCAUGGGACAUAUGAAUUUUAAAAAAAACUUUUCAUGAUUAUUUAAAUCUGUUUUAUUAAUGCUAUAAUUAUCUCAAAUAAAUGCUUUAAAAUUCCUUAUUUAAAAGUUCCGUUUACAACGGAGCGUAAUUUAUUUCUUAUGAACCUGUACAGGUAUCGAGGUAAUGGUCUAACAAUAGUCUAAUCCGAGGAUUUACAUAGAA